AUUUCUGAGGUUGCGACUGAUAUCUUGAUUAUGAACAUGGCUUCCCCAGGUGCUUGUGAUGGGCGACUCGGCCAUCGUCAAUUGCUUCACGUGAGCCACCAUGUCUUCAUUUGGUUCAUACAACUUCGGGGUCGAAUUGGAGCUCAUUGCUGAGCCGAAAAGAGUACGACACCCUCUAUUGCGUGCUGUCUACUACGAAGAAUUGGCGACAUCACUGAGAUAUGAUGGCGCCGAAGCAGAAGCAGAUAAGCUCAAUCAGCGAUAUCGAAAACGUCCAGAACACUACGAUAAGUGGUGGAUUACAAAGGAUGGAUCGCUAGGGGAUCCUGAGCAUCCAUGCAUUCCGCUUGAGGCUGUCUCACCUAUACUCUCCACUGAUUACACUUGGGAGAACCAGGUAGAUGUUUUCUGGAACUCAUGGGACCGUGUAUUCCACAUGCCAGAAUCAUCUAUUGCUUGCGGAAGCCAUAUUCAUGUGUCACCAUCACCAGAGAUGGAAUUUGACCUGAACCAGCUUCGCAAUAUUGCUUUCGGUAUCGUCUACUAUGAGCCUCUGGUCAUUCGCCUGCUUCCAUACCAUCGACAGAACAACAAGUACUGCAGACCUAACACGCUACGAUCUGGACCAUUAUAUGACCUCAUGUCAAGUUUCCACGAAGAAGCAGCACUCAGAGAGCUAUGGGACGCGCUCGACGAUGGCGUUGACGAAGAAGACAUCAGAGACCUUAUGCAAUCUGGCCCAGAGCCGAAGCAGGAGAGAUAUGUCCUCUGGAAUUUUGACAACAUCUUCGGUGGAGGCUCCGGUAGCAUCGAAUUUCGAGGAGGCCCAGGUUUGAGAGGCCCGGUCAAGACGAAGAGGUGGAUAUCAUUUGUUGUCGCUUUCAUCCACGUGUGCACAAACUUGGAUGUCGCAUCAUGGAGCCACUACACAAGACCAAGUAUGGACAGAUUCUGGAGAGAUUUGCGUAGGUCUGCGCAAGCUGUCAGUGUGAAAGAGAACCUUCCAUCAGACUGGAGAGUCAUGGCAGGGCUGGUCAGCGGCAAUUCUUACGAAGAGUCUGUUCUUGAUGAUUUUAGCGACUCAGGCUACGGUGAUGACUCAUCUAUCAUGGGCAAAUCUGACUCCGAAUAUUCCGACUCUGAGUAUAGCGAUGGAGAAUAUGAAGCCCUGCAGCAGGAGUUAAUCCGGGAGAGAGAACAUCGUUGCACAAUUCUCUAGGUGGCUGUGCGAUAUCAUGGCGGCGUUUUACAAUUGGCAAUAAAAAAUGCUGACUGCAUAUCUGCGGCUGAGAUGAGUACCAAUCAGGAUGAAACGGACUGAUCGCAGUAGAAUGUCGUUGGUUAGACUCAUGGCAUGCAUAUUCGGGCUUACCCUAUCCAAUACGAUCAGUCUUGGCAAUCAGGCUCUAAGAUAGACAAUUGAUUGAUAACAGUUCAG